GCUGGGCGGGGCCGGCCGGGGCGGGGCGGGGCCGGCAGAGAGGCCUGGGCGGCCGGAGGAAGUGAAGGAGGGUGCUGAGAGUGGCCAGAGGCCCAGCCGCAUCAAAAGUAGGAAAAAUAAAGAGGAAUGGCUGUGGAAGAACUUCAAUCCAUAAUAAAGAGAUGUCAAAUCCUAGAAGAACAAGACUUUAAAGAAGAAGAUUUUGGUCUAUUUCAGUUAGCAGGCCAAAGAUGCAUAGAUGAAGGGCAUAUAGAGCAGCUAUUAGAAAUUAUUCAAAAUGAAAAGAAUAAGGUCAUCAUCAAUAAUAUGGGCUGGAAUCUUGUUGGUCCUGUUGUUCGAUGUCUUUUGUGGAAUAAGGAAGAUGAGAAAAGAAAACAUUAUUUUCUGAUGCUUGAUUUAUUGGUAAAGUUAUGUAAUCCAAAGGAAUUAUUGUUGGGUUUGCUUGAACUGAUUGAAGAGCCCUCUGGAAAACAGAUAUCUCAGAUAAUUCUUCUUUUACUUCAGCCAUUACAAACAGUGAUUCAGAAACUUUGUAACAACAAGGCAUAUUCAGUUGGAUUAGCGCUGUCCACUCUUUGGAGUCAGCUAUCUCUCCUUCCUGUUCCAUAUUCAAAAGAACAAAUACAAACAGAUGACUAUGGCCUUUGUCAGUGUUGCAAGGCCUUAAUAGAAUUCACUAAGCCUUUUGUGGAAGAAGUCAUUAAUGACAAAGAAAACUCAGUGGAAAGUGAAAAUGAAAAGUUAAAGGAUGAAUUACUGAAAUUUUGUUUCAAAAGCUUGAAAUGCCCUUUGCUGACAGCACAAUUCUUUGAGCAAUCUAAAGAAGCUGGAAAUGAUCCUUUAAGAUGUUUUGCAUCUGAAAUAAUAGGUUUCUUAUCAGCAAUUGGACAUCCUUUCCCCAAAAUGAUUUUUAAUCAUGGAAGGAAAAAGAAGACAUGGGAUUAUCUUGAAUUUGAGGAAGAAGAAGACAAACAGUUAGCAGACUCUAUGGCUUCUCUGGCCUAUCUAGUAUUUGUACAGGGCAUCAGUAUCGACCAGCUUCCAAUGGUCUUAAGCCCAUCGUACCUAUUGCAAUUUAAUAUGGGGCACAUUGAAGUCUUUUUGCAAAGAACAGAAGAGUCUGUUUUCUCCAAAGGAGUGGAUCUGUUGGAGAAUGGUUUAUUGAGAAUAGAGGACAACAGUUUACUUCACCAGUACUUAGAAAUCAAGAGCUUUCUUACUGUACCUCAGGGCCUAGUCAAAGUAAUGACGCUUUGCCCCAUUGAGACAUUGAGGAAAAAGAGUUUAGCUAUGCUUCAGCUGUAUAUUAACAAGUUGGAUUCACAAGGCAAAUAUACGUUAUUUAGGUGCUUAUUGAAUACAAGUAAUCAUUCAGGUGUGGAGGCUUUCAUUAUUCAAAAUAUCAAAAAUCAAAUUGAUGUGUCACUAAAGAAAACACAUGACAACAAAUGGUUUACAGGACCACAGCUGAUUUCACUUCUAGAUUUGGUACUCUUUCUCCCAGAGGGUGCUGAAACAGAUUUACUUCAAAAUUCAGAUAGGAUAAUGGCUUCAUUAAAUUUAUUGAGAUAUUUGGUUAUCAAAGAUAAUGAAAAAGACAAUCAAACUGGAUUAUGGACAGAACUUGGAAAGAUUGAGAAUAAUUUCUUAAAGCCACUCCAUACAGGACUUAAUAUGUCAAAAGCACAUUAUGAAGCAGAAAUUAAAAAUAGCCAAGAAAAUAGCCAAGAUGUCCAGAAAUCUAAAGAUCUUUGUUCUGUAACUGUAGGUGGAGAAGAGAUCCCUAAUAUGCCACCUGAAAUGCAGCUUAAGGUUCUACAUUCAGCUCUUUUCACAUUUGAUUUGAUUGAAAGUGUUCUGGCUCGAGUAGAAGAACUCAUUGAAAUAAAAACAAAGUCUACCCCUGAAGAAAAUAUUGGGAUAAAAUGAACCUCCAUUUCCCAAAAUAAAAACAAGAGGAGUCUUAGGGGGCAGAGUUCCAUCACCACCUCUCUAGCAGCAGUUACAACAUGAAAGCAUCUGCAAAGAUUAAUUUUAGAAAAUACUGGCAGCCUUUGUGGAAAAGCUAAAAAGUGUAUGUGACUUUCCUUUUAGUCUAAGGGGCUAGUUAAAAAAUGCUGUGUUUUUAUUUUGUAGUAAAUACUUAUCCAUCCAACUUAAUUUGUAUCAUUAAAAAACUGCAUCUGACUUUUUAAAUAUAUGUAUGUACCAAUGUUUUCUAAACAUUAUUAAAGGAAUUACUCAACAAAACUGAAAAUAAA